AAAAGAAAAGAGAAAAGAAGAUGCUCAUCAUUUCUUUAAUGGCUGUUGAGAGACAAAUCUCCCUUUCUUUGUCAUGUCUGGUCAAAGACUGAUCCAGAAAGAUGCCUCAUAUCCCACCAUGCUCUGGGAGAUUAGUGGGUGUUUUCAGAUAUUCUUUCUGAAGGCUGUUUUUCAUGAAACUUAGUAACUGAAUUCGCAUCAGAAUUAAUGAAGAGGGAGGGCACCUGCCGCUUAACACAGAGAAGGUUAUAGUCAAAAACAGCAGUAAUACUUCCCUGGUACUACUGAAUUUGGUAAUCAAUCACACAUAAAUCCAUAAAGCCAAAUUCUUUCUUUGUUUUCCACCCUUUCCUUUUCCUUCAUCCAUAAUUUACCUUUGCAGAUGAGAUCUGCAUCUUUGGGAAUAAAAUCUCGUUUGAAUUCUGAAAUCAACUUUUAAGAGUGACUCAGUACAUCUGGUAAGACAACGUCUGAUCCCUCCAAUCUCUAAUCAACUUAAUAGGGGCAAGAGCAUAGGCAGGCAGGACUUAGGAUUUUUCUUCUUAUUUCCACAGAGUUGUUCCGGGUAUAUUACAAAGCUACUAAAGUUCACAUUCUAGGACAAGGUAAAAUGUCUUUGAGGCAUCGAGUAGCACACAUUUAAUGAAGAUAGAAAGCCAAUCACUUAACAUCAGAUGAGGAACAGCAAUUUCCUACAGUCUGGCACUUUGUGUAUUGAACAAAAUUGCAUGAGAGCUUUGAGCACUAGGAGAGCUGUCAAGCGGCUGUUUGUCUGGGAGCUGGAGUAGUCCCCUUGGAAACAGCUUAAACCUUUUAAAUGAAAGCAUUACAGAAUGUACAUCUUUGUGUAAUAUAUUAUCCAUAGCCUCAACUGUCAAGAGCCAGGCAACACGGUGUUUGUAUAUAUUUUUUACUGAUAGUUAUUUUCAUGCUUUCACGUGUAAACAGGAUCUCCUCUAAUAUUCCAGAGUACUUGGCUACUCAACAAGCAAGAAUCAUACAACAAAAAUGUUCAGCUGGCUUAUCCGACCCCAUAUCAUUUACCUAAAAAACUAUGAUACUGUGAUUCUCUAUUACAAAUACAAAGAGAUUUCUUGUUAGAUAAGGCAAACUGAGAAAUUUGAGUCACCCUCUGUACAUUAUGGUGAGAAUUAGUGUGUGUAUGGUGGCUGCUGUUAAUAGACGUACUUGAUGCCAUAUAUCAUCACCUAUACAUAACACUGGUCCAAAUUCACAAGUCUGUAUUAUUGCAUCACGAGCAAACUCUGGGGAAACGUGUUAUUUGUUUUAUUUUUUAUCAUUGAAAAAAACCAAACCAACACGUACUUACUUUACUCAUUUUAUUUUUUCUGGCAGCUAUGGGAAUAACUAACAAAACGGCUAGAAAAAAAGAAUACAAGGAUACAUGUUAUAAAUACAAGUGAGAAUGGCUGGACCAUUGCAGUGGCGCACUGAUUUUUAUGGACGGUGAACGCAAAAAGGGGACUGAGAAGAGACCACUGGAGUUAUUCUGACACAUGACUUUCUGUUCUUAGGCAAACGAGGAUCUGAAAUAUGUAGACUGAGAAUAACACACUACCAGGUUAAAACUGCAUCCUGCAAGAAGGAUUUCAUGGAUUAUUCCUAGAAGUUUCUAAGAGAGUACAUAUAAAAAAGCUAUUCUGAUCUGACCAUCACACAGACGUCAUUAUUUUAAUGUUGAAUACUCAGACAAGGGUGCCAUGGAUGUAAAAGAAAGGAAACCGUAUCGAUCUCUGACUCGGCGCCGUGACACUGAGCGUCGCUACACCAGUUCUUCAGCUGAGAGUGAGGACAGCAAGGUACCCCAGAAGUCCUACAGCUCCAGCGAGACUCUGAAAGCUUAUGAUCAAGACUCCAGGCUGACCUACGGCAAUCGAGUCAAAGACAUGGUGCACCAGGAGGCUGAUGAAUUCUGCCGAGCAGGAGCCAACUUCUCUUUGCGAGAGCUGGGUCUUGAAGACGUGACACCCACACAUGGGACUUUGUACCGGACUGAUAUUGGGCUGCCUCACUGCAGCUACUCCAUCAGCGCUGGCUCGGAUGCCGACACAGAGGCAGAUGUGGUCAUGUCACCUGAGCAUCCCGUAAGGCUCUGGGGACGCAACACGAAGUCUGGACGCAGCUCCUGCUUGUCAAGCCGAGCCAACUCGAACCUCACCCUCACUGACACAGAGCAUGAGAAUACUGAAACCGAUCAUCCUCCAAAUCUUCAAAAUCAUUCAAGACUUAGAACUCCACCACCUCCAAUAUCACAUGCUCACACCCCAAAUCAACAUCAUGCGGCCUCCAUCAAUUCCCUAAACAGAGGGAACUUCACUCCACGCAGCAAUCCCAGCCCAGCUCCUACAGACCACUCUCUUUCUGGAGAACAACCAGCCAGCACUCAAGAGCCAGCCCAUGCUCAGGACAACUGGUUACUUAACAGUAACAUCCCUCUGGAGACUAGGCACUUCCUGUUCAAACCUGGAGGCACUUCUCCCCUUUUUUGUACAACAUCGCCGGGAUAUCCUUUGACGUCCAGCACUGUGUACUCACCUCCCCCUAGGCCCCUUCCCAGAAGUACCUUCUCUAGGCCUGCCUUUAACCUGAAGAAACCCUAUAAGUACUGUAACUGGAAAUGCGCUGCUCUGAGUGCCAUUGUCAUCUCAGUCACGUUGGUGAUCCUGCUGGCCUAUUUCAUAGCCAUGCACCUGUUUGGCCUAAACUGGCACCUGCAGCCGAUGGAAGGGCAGAUGUAUGAAAUCACGGAAGACACAGCCAGCAGUUGGCCAGUGCCAACGGACGUCUCCUUAUAUCCUUCGGGGGGCACAGGGUUAGAGUUACCUGACAGGAAAGGCAAAGGAACCAGUGAAGGAAAGCCCAGUAGUUUCUUUCCAGACGACAGUUUUAUAGACUCUGGAGAAAUUGAUGUUGGCAGACGAGCCACACAGAAGAUUCCUCCUGGUAUCUUUUGGAGAUCUCAGGUGUUCAUCGACCACCCAGUACAUCUGAAAUUCAAUGUUUCACUAGGAAAGGCUGCUCUGGUUGGCAUCUAUGGUAGAAAAGGCCUCCCACCAUCACACACACAGUUUGACUUUGUUGAGCUCCUUGAUGGAAGGCGUCUACUGGCACAGGAGGCGAGAAGCUUAGAAGGACCUCAGCGGCAACACAGAGCUUUUGUGCCCUUGUCCAGCCAUGAGACAGGCUUUAUCCAGUAUUUAGAUUCAGGAAUAUGGCAUUUAGCCUUCUACAAUGAUGGCAAGGAAUCGGAAGUGGUUUCUUUUCUGACUACUGCUAUUGAAUCGGUGGAUAAUUGUCCCAGUAAUUGCUACGGGAAUGGAGACUGCGUGUCUGGGACUUGCCAUUGCUUCCUGGGUUUUCUGGGCCCUGACUGUGGCAGAGCGUCCUGCCCAGUGCUGUGCAGUGGAAAUGGGCAGUACAUGAAGGGGAGGUGCUUGUGCCAUAGUGGCUGGAAGGGAGCAGAAUGUGAUGUCCCAACAAACCAGUGCAUUGACAUCUCCUGCAAUAACCAUGGCACGUGCAUCAUGGGGACCUGUAUCUGCAACCCAGGAUACAAAGGGGAGAGCUGUGAAGAAGUGGACUGCAUGGAUCCUACCUGCUCAGGACGAGGCGUGUGCGUGCGAGGAGAAUGUCACUGUUCAGUUGGCUGGGGAGGAACAAACUGUGAGACCCCAAGAGCAACUUGUCUGGACCAAUGCUCUGGUCAUGGGACCUUCCUCCCAGAUACUGGACUCUGCAGCUGCGAUCCCAACUGGACUGGACACGAUUGCUCAAUCGAGAUUUGUGCAGCGGACUGCGGAGGACAUGGCAUUUGUGUUGGAGGCACCUGCCGCUGUGAGGAGGGAUGGAUGGGCACAGCCUGUGAUCAGCGAGCGUGUCACCCACGCUGCAAUGAGCACGGGACAUGCCGGGAUGGCAAGUGUGAAUGCAGCCCGGGCUGGAACGGAGAGCACUGCACUAUUGAGGGAUGCCCUGGCUUGUGUAACGGCAACGGCAGAUGCACUCUGGACAUGAACGGCUGGCACUGUGUCUGCCAGCUGGGCUGGAGAGGAGCGGGCUGUGAUACUUCCAUGGAGACGGCAUGCGGCGAUGGGAAAGACAACGAUGGAGAUGGCCUUGUGGAUUGCAUGGACCCAGACUGCUGCUUGCAGCCACUGUGCCACGUCAAUGCUCUGUGCCUGGGCUCCCCAGACCCUCUGGAUAUCAUCCAGGAGACACAAGCCCCCAUCUCCCAGCAAAGCUUGCAUUCAUUCUACGAUCGGAUCAAGUUCCUGAUCGGCAAGGACAGCACUCACGUCAUCCCAGGAGACAAUCCAUUUGAAGGAGGGCAUGCAUGUGUGAUUCGAGGCCAGGUGAUGACAGCAGACGGGACCCCUCUAGUUGGAGUGAACAUCAGCUUUGUUAACAAUCCCCUUUUUGGAUACACAAUCAGCAGACAAGAUGGCAGUUUUGAUCUCGUUACCAUUGGUGGGAUCUCCAUUAUCCUGCACUUUGAGCGGGCUCCCUUCAUCACCCAGGAGCACACGCUGUGGCUGCCAUGGGAUCGCUUCUUUGUGAUGGAAACCAUAGUCAUGAGGCAUGAAGAGAACGAAAUCCCAAGCUGUGACCUCAGUAACUUUGCCCGGCCCAACCCUGUGGUCUCCCCAUCUCCUCUGACAUCUUUUGCAAGUUCUUGCUCAGAGAAAGGUCCCAUUGUUCCUGAAAUCCAGGCUCUACAGGAGGAGAUUAACAUUUCCGGUAGUAAAAUAAAAGUGAGUUACCUGAGCAGUCGCACAGCUGGCUACAAAUCAGUCCUGAGGAUCAGCAUGACCCACCCCACCAUCCCCUUCAACCUCAUGAAAGUCCACCUCAUGGUGGCUGUCGAGGGACGCCUCUUCAGAAAGUGGUUUGCAGCUGCUCCAGACCUGUCCUAUUAUUUCAUCUGGGAUAAGACAGACGUCUACAGCCAGAAGGUCUAUGGGCUCUCAGAAGCCUUCGUUUCAGUGGGUUAUGAGUAUGAAUCCUGUCCUGACUUGAUCCUGUGGGAGAAGAGGACAGCUGUGCUUCAAGGUUAUGAAAUUGAUGCUUCUAAACUCGGAGGAUGGUCCCUGGACAAACAUCAUGCCCUCAACAUACAAAGUGGAAUCCUGCAUAAAGGAAAUGGGGAAAACCAGUUUAUUUCCCAGCAGCCUCCUGUAAUCGGAAGCAUUAUGGGCAAUGGCCGCAGACGUAGCAUUUCUUGUCCGAGCUGUAAUGGUCUUGCAGAUGGGAAUAAACUCCUGGCUCCUGUUGCCCUAACGUGUGGGUCUGAUGGAAGUCUUUAUGUUGGAGAUUUCAAUUACAUCCGAAGGAUCUUUCCCUCUGGCAAUGUCACCAACAUCCUGGAGCUGAGCCACAGCCCAGCUCAUAAGUAUUACUUGACCACAGAUCCAAUCACCGGCUCCGUCUACCUCUCUGACACCAACAGCCGACGUAUCUAUAAAAUCAAGUCAACCACAUCAGUGAAAGACAUUGUGAAGAAUUCAGAGGUCUUGGCUGGAACCGGGGAUCAGUGCCUCCCAUUCGAUGAUACCCGAUGCGGAGAUGGAGGCAAAGGCACUGAUGCUACCCUUACAAAUCCCAGGGGCAUCACUGUUGACAAGUUUGGGCUGAUUUACUUUGUGGAUGGCACUAUGAUCAGGCGGAUUGAUCAGAAUGGGAUAAUCUCAACUGUAUUGGGUUCCAAUGAUUUGACAUCUGCGCGGCCUCUCAGCUGUGACUCUGUCAUGGACAUUUCUCAGGUUCGUCUAGAAUGGCCCACGGAUCUUGCAGUCAAUCCAAUGGAUAAUUCGCUGUAUGUGCUUGACAACAACGUUGUGUUGCAGAUAUCUGAGAACCACCAAGUGCGCAUUGUGGCAGGGAGGCCCAUGCAUUGCCAGGUGCCAGGCAUGGAUCACUUCCUCCUUAGCAAGGUGGCAAUCCACGCUACACUGGAGUCUGCUACCGCCCUGGCUGUCUCACAUAAUGGGGUCCUGUAUAUUGCUGAGACUGAUGAGAAAAAGAUCAACCGCAUCAGGCAGGUCACCACCAAUGGAGAGAUUUCUCUUGUUGCUGGUGCACCAAGCAGCUGUGACUGCAAGAAUGAUGCUAACUGUGACUGCUUCUCAGGUGACGAUGGCUAUGCCAAAGAUGCCAAACUCAAUGCACCAUCUUCCCUUGCAGUGUGUGCAGAUGGGGAGCUGUAUGUCGCUGAUCUUGGAAAUAUCCGAAUCCGCUUUAUUCGGAAAAACAAACCGUUCCUCAACAUGCAAAAUCUAUAUGAGUUAUCCUCGCCCAUAGACCAGGAACUCUACUUGUUUGACACCAGUGGUAAGCACCUUUAUACUCAGAGCCUUACCACUGGAGAUUAUCUUUACAAUUUUACUUAUUCUGGAGAUGGAGAUAUAACUCUGAUCACUGACAAUAAUGGCAACUUAGUCAAUAUCCGAAGAGAUUCCACGGGGAUGCCACUCUGGCUGGUGGUGCCUGAUGGCCAAGUCUACUGGGUGACAAUGGGUACCAACAGCGCACUCAAGAGUGUGACAACACAGGGGCAUGAAGUGGCCAUGAUGACAUACCACGGCAGCUCUGGUCUCCUUGCCACCAAAAGCAAUGAAAAUGGUUGGACAACAUUUUAUGAGUAUGAUGGCUUUGGGCGCCUGACCAACGUGACCUUCCCUACUGGCCAAGUGAGCAGCUUCCGCAGUGAUACCGACAGCUCUGUGCAUGUCCAGGUGGAAACCUCCAGCAAGGAUGAUGUUACAAUAACAACCAAUUUAUCUGCAUCAGGAGCCUUUUACACCCUGCUCCAAGAUCAAGUCCGAAACAGCUACUACAUUGGCGCUGAUGGCUCUCUCAGACUGAUACUCGCUAACGGCAUGGAGGUGGCCCUGCAAACUGAGCCACAUCUGCUGGCUGGCACCGUCAACCCCACAGUCGGGAAGAGGAACGUCACCCUGCCCAUCGACAAUGGCCUCAAUCUCGUGGAGUGGAGGCAGAGGAAGGAGCAAGCGAGAGGGCAGGUCACUGUCUUUGGACGUCGACUGAGGGUCCACAACAGAAACCUGCUGUCCCUUGACUUUGAUCGUGUGACAAGGACAGAGAAAAUCUAUGAUGACCACCGCAAGUUCACACUCCGCAUCCUUUAUGACCAGGCAGGGAGGCCCAGUCUCUGGUCACCCAGCAGCAGACUGAACGGGGUCAAUGUCACCUAUUCCCCAGGAGGGCACAUUGCGGGAAUUCAGAGAGGUACAAUGUCGGAAAGGAUGGAGUAUGAUCAGUCUGGCAGAAUUACAUCCAGGAUCUUUGCUGAUGGCAAAUCAUGGAGCUACACUUACUUGGAGAAGUCCAUGGUGCUGCUCCUUCACAGCCAGAGACAGUAUAUUUUUGAGUUUGAUAAGAAUGACCGGUUGUCAUCAGUGACUAUGCCCAACGUUGCCCGUCAGACUUUGGAAACCAUUCGUUCCAUUGGCUACUACAGGAACAUCUACCGCCCACCUGAAGGCAAUGCUUCAGUAAUUCAGGAUUUCACAGAGGAUGAGCAGCUUCUCCACACUUUGUACUUGGGGACAGGGAGACGUGUCAUCUACAAAUACGGAAAAUUAUCCAAGUUAGCUGAGAUGCUCUAUGACACCACAAAGAUCAGUUUCACCUAUGAUGAAACUGCUGGCAUGCUGAAGACCAUAAAUUUGCAGAAUGAAGGUUUCACAUGUACAAUCAGAUACAGACAGAUAGGACCCCUCAUUGAUAGACAGAUUUUCCGCUUCACUGAGGAAGGCAUGGUGAAUGCGCGCUUUGACUAUAAUUAUGACAACAGCUUUCGGGUGACCAGCAUGCAAGCGGUCAUCAAUGAGACACCUUUACCCAUUGAUCUCUACAGAUAUGAUGAUGUGUCAGGCAAAACUGAGCAAUUUGGUAAAUUCGGAGUAAUUUACUAUGAUAUCAAUCAGAUUAUCACUACUGCUGUCAUGACUCACACUAAACAUUUUGAUGCCUAUGGCAGGAUGAAGGAAGUCCAGUAUGAGAUAUUUCGGUCUCUCAUGUACUGGAUGACUGUGCAGUAUGACAACAUGGGGAGAGUGGUUAAGAAAGAGCUGAAGGUUGGCCCUUAUGCAAACACUACUAGGUACUCAUAUGAGUAUGAUGCUGAUGGCCAGUUGCAGACAGUGUCUAUCAAUGACAAACCACUCUGGCGUUACAGCUAUGACCUAAAUGGAAACCUCCAUUUGUUGAGUCCAGGGAAUAGUGCCCGCCUUACGCCACUCAGGUAUGACCUCAGGGACAGGAUUACAAGACUGGGGGAUGUGCAGUACAAAAUGGAUGAAGACGGCUUCCUAAAGCAAAGAGGCAAUGAUAUUUUUGAGUACAAUUCAGCUGGCCUGCUCAUCAAAGCCUAUAAUAAAGCUAGUGGAUGGAGUGUGAAAUAUCGCUACGACGGCCUAGGAAGGAGAGUCUCUAGCAAAACCAGCCAUGGUCAUCACUUGCAGUUCUUCUACGCAGACCUGACCAACCCAACCAAGGUCACCCAUUUAUACAACCAUUCGAGCUCUGAGAUCACAUCCCUCUACUAUGACCUCCAAGGCCACCUCUUUGCAAUGGAACUCAGCAGUGGUGAUGAGUUCUACAUAGCCUGUGAUAACAUCGGCACUCCUUUGGCUGUCUUCAGCGGGACUGGCUUAAUGAUUAAGCAGAUACUGUACACAGCAUAUGGGGAGAUCUAUAUGGACACCAAUCCCAACUUCCAGAUCAUCAUCGGCUACCAUGGAGGACUAUACGACCCCUUCACAAAGCUUAUCCACAUGGGACGGAGAGACUAUGAUGUGCUAGCAGGUCGAUGGACAAGUCCAGACCAUGACAUGUGGAAGCAUCUGAGUAGCAAUAACAUAAUGCCUUUCAAUCUGUAUAUGUUCAAAAACAACAAUCCCAUUAGCAACUCUCAGGAUAUCAAAUGUUACAUGACAGAUGUCAACAGUUGGCUGCUCACUUUUGGGUUCCAGCUACACAACGUCAUCCCCGGCUACCCCAAACCAGACACGGAUGCAAUGGAGCCAUCCUAUGAGCUAAUCCACACACAGAUGAAAACCCAAGAAUGGGACAAUAGCAAGUCAAUUUUGGGUGUCCAGUGUGAAGUGCAGAAGCAACUGAAGGCCUUUGUCACUCUUGAGCGCUUCGAACAGAUCUACAGCUCCAGCAUUGCUGGGUGCCGGCAGGUCAGGAAGAACAAGAACUUUGCCUCUGGAGGCUCUAUCUUUGGCAAAGGCGUCAAGUUCGCCAUGAAGGAUGGGCGUGUGACCACCGACAUUAUCAGUGUUGCCAAUGAGGAUGGGCGGAGGAUUGCAGCCAUCCUGAACAAUGCCCAUUACCUGGAGAACCUGCACUUCACCAUCGAUGGAGUGGACACACACUAUUUCAUUAAGCAAGGGCCAUCGGAGGGUGACCUAUCCAUCUUGGGCCUCAGUGGUGGGCGGAGGACCCUGGAGAACGGCGUGAAUGUGACGGUGUCCCAGAUCAACACAGUACUAGGUGGAAGGACUAGACGUUACACAGACAUCCAGCUGCAGUAUGGUGCGCUGUGUCUAAACACUCGCUACGGGACUACCUUGGACGAGGAGAAGGCUCGCGUCCUAGAGCUGGCCCGACAGCGUGCUGUCACCCAAGCUUGGUCUCGGGAGCAGCAGAGACUGCGGGAUGGGGAGGAGGGUAUUCGCUCAUGGACAGAAGGGGAGAAGCAACAAGUGCUAAACACAGGCCGGGUACAGGGCUACGACGGCUAUUUUGUGAUCUCAGUGGAGCAGUACCCCGAACUAUCAGACAGCGCCAACAACAUUCACUUCAUGAGACAGAGCGAAAUGGGCAGAAGGUGACAGAGAGGGUCAAUGUGGUGACUUCUUGCCAAAGACAGCUACUCUUUUGUGGCCACUUACCUGACUGUGUUGUACUCAAUCCUUUUUCUAAACUGAACAAGGUUGGGGGAGGAAAAUAGAAAGAGAAGGAAUAAUAUGGUUGCUCUGUAACUCAUGCAACAUACUUUUUUUUUCCCCCACAUUAAUUUGGCCUUCACACGUUUUUUGCAAUGAACAGAAGGUAUAUUUUGCCAUAGUGUGAUCACAGUGAAAUUUACUGUCUCUUGUCCUUUUUUUUUGUUUUGUUUUCGCCCCUUUGUGAGGAAUUUGAAGUGGGGAGUCGUCAAUGUACAUCCUUAGGUGUGAAGUGGAAAUGGGUGUCUUUGCUAACUUGUGUCAUCCUAACCCUUUCUGAUUUGGGGCAGGGACAGAUAGCCUUCCACCUGAAACAAGGGGGACCCACGGCAUGCCUGAGAUCUCUUCCUGGGCUGAAAGAGAUGGAAGACAGCGCUGAUUCUGAUACUCUGAAAGUGACCAUCUGGAUCACGUGCCUCAAAAGAGACCUUACAAGUAGUUUUCACGUUUCACUUGGGACAUAAAGUGUUUUUUGGGGGGCUCAAGCUGAGCAGAAGUAGAUUAUAGAGGCAAAGGAGCUCAUUAUAUUAACUUGCAAGAUGAUUCUCUUCCUUCCUGAACUGGAAUAAAAAAAAAGAAAAAAAAAACAGUCUUUUUUCAUUAUGAAAGUAGAUACUUUUGGGGUUUUUUUGUGUGUGCACAAAUCCUGGUUUUAGUUAAAAAACCUAGCAUAAGCCAAGAAAGGGACUCCUGCUCUAUUAAGAAAAGCUAAAAUAAAUCCUCUCUCUCGUACAUAGAGCUGUUCUAUAGGUGGAUUUAAUGCACCCAUGUUGUACAUUUGCUAAUGGCAUAACUUCAUUAAAUGUAUAGUGUUUCAGUACACGAGGCUACGUGUUUAACAGUCCACUGUGCUGUAUCUGAUAAACCCAGUUAAUUUUUAGGAAGCUGAUUUGAAUUUAAAAGUAGUUAUAGUAUCCCAGUGACAUACCACUGAAAAUUAGAGCAAGCCAAACCCUGCUUUUCCUGAUUCUGGAGCUUGUAUUUAUUGGCUGGGAAAUGCAGUUUUGAGUUGCAUGCUGGCAAGUCGUUUAUGACUAUGGCAGAUAAAUGUCUCCUGGGGACUUUGGCAGCAGGGAUUUUAAAAUGUUUAAUAAGUAGCAACGGCUUGUGCGUGGUGGGACAAGAAGGGAAAUGUUGGAAUCUACCCUCUCACUGUUUCUUACACGAGCUUGAAUUAAACUGAGAGCCCAGUUGACAGUUAGAAGUGAAGAAGGGGGAGGUUGAAUGGAAAUGCCCACUACAGAGGGGACAAAGUGCUUUAAUAAGAAACUGCUGACAAAGUUACUCAGCAUGCUAAUGUAAUUUGUAUUCACAUGACCUCUAUGCUCUGGUAUUUGCAAGAGUCCUUGAAAUUCAAGGGAACAAGGAGAUGAGCUUAGCAUCCUCUUCCCUGCCUGAAGCAGUCCUGUGAUAGCAAGGGCCACUCCUGCAGGCACAGGGGUUACCCAGCCUCUCACUGGAGCUCCAGCAGGGGGUGGCCAAACCUGGUCCAAAAAUAGACAUCUCUAUCACACCUGCACGUAUCUUGUCUCUAAGAGCUCUCACUAUGUUUCUUGAAGAACAUCUUAGUCCUGAUUUUUUUAUUCCAUCCACUUUGAUUUUUGCUUCCUGGUUCUGCAGAGAAAUAACCCGAGAUUUGCAAUUUCCUCACUCACCCAUGUCCUCAGAGCCAGUCCUCCUGCACUUGUGCUGCCACCACUGACAACCUCCCACACAGCCUGAUACUUAUCUACAGGCUCCCGCCCCCAAGAGAAGGCGGGGGCGUAUGUUGGGCACACAUUCCUUGAUCAGCAAAAUGUUGGCAGCCCCAGUGCUAUCACAGUUUCCCCAUAGAUGCCGGCUGCCAACUCUGUCUGCCUUGCUUGUUUGUUUCAGGGUGCUUGCUAGGAGGAAGGUGAUGGGAUAGAAGUUCCCCAAUAGACUGUUCUUUCUCCAAUUCCCAAUCCCUAAUACCUUUGUCUUAGGGUCAGCUCUGGCUUUGGCCAGUGUUUUUGUGGCUGCAAAGUCCCGCAGUGGACCUACGUUGUGGCCACUCGCCAGUACAGUCAUGAUUUUCUGGUGGUCCCUCCUGCUUGCAGCAAGGGUGAAGCCAGUGCUGUAAUCCAGUGCUGUACUUUAAUCCAUCUCUUGCAGCAUGCAACCUCUAUUGCUUUGGCAGGAAAUAAUUGCAGGCAGCUGGUCUAGAAAGGAUAUCCAACUCCAGCAGAGCUGGCUGGGAGGAGACACAUUGGCCAGAGCAGCUCUUGGCAAGGGAGUGGUUGCUUCGGACAGCUGUUUGUCAGGGAUAGUUAAAAGGCCAUGGCAUUACCUCUUGUGUUUCUGAUAUCAAACUCUUGGCAAGCCUCAGUUGCCCUGAGGAUGUGCUGAUGGGGAUUAGGGGCAGCAUUAACCAAGCCAGCACUUGACACCUACUCAAAGAAGGUAGUCCCCUCUUCCCAAGACUACCCACUGCCCCGUGGAGCUAGGGAAGCUUGGUCAAAAGGCAUAAACCCCCAGCCAAGACCUGCAGUGCAGAGAAAGCUUGAUGUGCAUCCCAUUUACACUGAUCCCAUGCAAGCAGCUCCAAAAAGAAAUGGUGCUUCUAUAUCCAUCCCCAUCCAUGUGUUACAACGCUAAGAAGAGUAGCACAAGAGUAAAUGGGACAGCUUUCCACACAGCCAAGGAAAUGGAUUCUAGUGUGAAAUAUUCCUAUUGGGACUCUGCCAGCCUUAGAUGGCACCUUAACAGCCUUACACAGACUCUUCAGGUUAUUACAUGAGCUAAUGACUUUGAGGAGUUCACCCAUUUUUCAAGUGUCUUACAGUCCCAUUGCACACAUAUGGCAUUCCUAGACCCAGGAGCCAUCCUGCUCUGUGCCAUGGUGAAGGCAGCUCUGGUUGCAUUUUCAGCAUCCUCAAGCAGCAGUAGGAUAUGCCUGUGCCCAUCUGCCUGCAAGUCUGUUCAGGUCUUCUCCUGGGCCCGCACCCAGCAUCGGGACUAUGGACAUUAUGUCAAAAAGGGGGGGAAAAUAUGUGUAGAAGUAUAUAUACAUGUAUGUGUUGCUCCUCUCUUUAUCAAAACCAAAAACAUUUAGAAGGGAUGACUGUCUAGUGUUGGGGCCAAACCUGUCCAAAGACAGCUACUACGUUCCUGAAUCUUCAGCGUCUGUGGAAGAUUUCCACUUCACUAGAUGGCAAACAAAAACCAAACAUUUUCAGUCCUGACCCCCAGAUUUGCCCUUUUGCUAGUGAAAAAUCCUUUUUACACAGGAUCUCAAAUGUAUUCCCAUGGAAGUUGCAGGAAUAGGCAGUGAACACAAAGAGCUAUGUCUGCCUCAGAGAACUGUACUCUGCUAUCCACAAGCAUUUACACUCAACUGAUGGUCCCAUAACCCCUUCCCAGGCCUUGCAUUGCCCCAUUUGCCUCCCCAUGGGGCCAUGCCACAGCUGCCCAACCUUUCUUGCUUUGCUCAUGGGCAGCGGGGUAGCAGAUCUUUGCUUCUCUAACACUGGGAGAUCCUGGGUGCAAAUCCUACAGCUCUAACCUUGAUAUCCCCUUGAUCCAGACACUCUUUCAAAGGCCAGUUGCAUGCCAGACCAUCACCAAGGGAAAAUGUCACUGUGGCCUAGUGUGCUUUUGUGGCUUGACUUUAGAAGUCACAAUUUUCUUGACUCCCAAGAAAGAGGGAGUCAAGAAAAACCCUCUUUUUCCUUUAACAUACAAAGGCGUAGCUUGGGCUUGUCUGCAGUCUAAAUGGUGGUGGGAAGGAUCAUGGCCAAGGCUCACAGCUCAGAGGAGAAGAUCUACCAGUCUGCAAGUGGUGAGGACCAACAGCUUAAUAGCUGGUGCUGGUACCAAAACAUGGUCCAUUUGAAGGAACAGCAGUGAUGGAACCAACUUGCUGUGGUAUCCAGACACAAGGCAGUGCCAUGAGGGCUCUGCAGCUAAGAAACAUCCUGCAUGUGCAGCCUGAGGGAAGAGGAGGAAGACUAAUUUGGCAUUGUGAGAAAUACCACAAUGUUUGUUUCCUCUGAGCUCUUUAGUAUUUUUUUUUCCCAACUGAAGAUUGGAGCUUGGAAAAAUCAUUAAGCAGCAGUGACCGGAGGGAAUCACGCAGCUCAUCAUAUCUUUGUCAUCACAGCUAUUGAUCAGAGCCAUGAUGAAAAUGGGCCAACAACUCUAAACAAUACCAGGCGAGAGCCGAUGAGACAAAGGUUGUUAAGAGCCCCAAUGCUUGAUUCGGGUUUAAAAGACACAGAUGACUGGGAGCAGUCCCUGAGACACCAUUUGGCCGUAACUUAGAAAAUGAGGGAUUUCUGUAAUAUAUCUGUAGUUGCUUUAUCGAGCAUAGGGAUCAGUGUGAGAUUCUGCUCAGUCUAUUAUACAGGCAGCGUAACCAGAAUAAAUCAAAAUUGUUUAAAAAAAAAUUCUAAUAAAGUACUUUUUCAGCUGUGACUUGUAAGUGUCACUGUGAUGGAUGGCCGGGCAAUCCUUUGUGCAAAGACAAGGCUCUUAACAUGAAAUUUUAGAAUUCAAUUUUGUGAUUUACACAGAGGAUCCCCUUCGUAUUUACGGCACAGCAGUCUGUUUUGAUUCAAUCUCUGCGUAAUCGAAACCAGGGCCAAGCAUCUCAGUUAGUCCUACAGUUGCUUUUUAAAUGGGGAGGAGAAAUAAGGGCCUAUCACGUACAUAAUAGAGCUAAAAGGAUUGCUUUGCUUGUUAAAUAUUAUUUGCUAUAUCUUAUGAGUCUAGCAGCAAUGCUGAACCUGAGACACAUGGAUGCUGUGCCUUUGUGCUGGGAUUUGAUGGGAUGAAAUCUGGCUCCCACUGGCCAGCAGCAUCCUCCAUCCUGGAGCGAGCAUGGCCUGGGGUAUUUUUGCUCCUGCUCUUUCAACCUCCAAGAGCACAGCAAGUUUUUUGGCAUCUUUUUUUUAUUAAAAUCGUUUUAUUAUGAUCAUUAAAUAGUUAGAUAUUUGAAUACCCCCAUUAUGCUAAAGAAUUUUCAUGAGUUUUGUGGGGGAAAAAAAAAAAAACCAACAAACAGUAGAAGAGCUUUUCUUGUGGUUUGUUUGGGAUUUUUUUCAUCUCUAGAAUACAUUUAAAUAACGUUACUUGUGAUUCUAGAUCAAACAGACACUGUGAGGACAUGUAGCUCCCUGUCCAGGACCCCAGUCUCGCUCCUGAAUGAAAGGCCAUUGCGUGUGCUGGGGGCUGUUUCCCACAACAGUUUUCUACCCUCUGCUACCCAAUCCAAAACCAACUCACCCCAUUCAAGGGAAACUUUUUGUGUCUCUUGCCUGCUUUCCUUUAAUUACCAUAAAAUUUCAUGUUCCUGAAAAAGUAUUACAUGACUCAACUGUUAACAACUAUCCCAGAGGUCAAUGCUUUCUGGGCAGCAGAGCAUAGAAAACCAGAAGUGAAAAUUAACUAAAUAUAUAUACAUACUUUUUUUUUUUCCCCUCAGAGUUGGAAACCAUUCAAGCAAACAAUAGAACUUUCCAAAAAGAAAGUAAAACUUUUGGACAGUUCGUGGAUGCUGUUGAAAUAACCAAUCGAAAAAUCACACGUUUUGGUUUAAAAAAAAAAAAAGUUUACUUUGUGUGAGGACUUCUAAUGCAGCUCCAGCCAAGAAGAGGACUUUGUAUCAAAGCUGCAUCUGUAAGCCCAGCACUGGAGGCUCUUGUCAUUACCCUGUGUAAUAAUUUUCCUGAAGUCUGGAACUAAUUUUUUGAGAAAUUUUUUUUCUCGACACUUUGUGUUUCUAAUACUGUAUUCUUGACUGUGUAAAUAACACCAGGCUGUAAAUAAGUGCAGAUGUAGAUACCUUCUAGGAAGAAAAAAGCAAACAGACAGAAGUGACCAUGUGUAGC